AUGUUAAUUUUUGAUCCAAAGAAGAGAAUCAGCGCUGCAGAUGCUUUGACUCAUCCAUACAUGGAGCCUUACCAUGAUCCAACGGACGAGCCUAUUUGUGAAGUGAAAUUCGAUUGGAGUUUUAAUGAUGCGGAUUUGCCAGUUGAUACUUGGAGGGUAAUGAUGUAUAGCGAAAUCCUUGAUUUCCAUCAAAUUGUUGGUGCUGGUGGCCCUGGUCAUUCAAUUCCACAAGAGGAAGAGCUAGCUCAAAUUCAAAAGGAGGGAAUUCAAGCACCAAUAACUUCACAAAAACAUGAGCAAAAAGUAGAGUAA